GGCAGGUCUUGGCCGGCUGGGAAAGCAUCAAUGGCGGCCAGUUACCCGUAUGGACAGGGUUACCCUGGAUCUGCAGGACAACCUCCAGGAGCUCCCCAGGGGGGCUAUUCCAGUGGCCAGUAUGGAGGUGGGCCCCCACCUGGGGCUCCCUAUGGUGGACCAGCGCCCGGGGGUCCGUAUGGGCCACCAUCUAGUGGAGGUCCGUAUGGCCACCCAGCCUCUGCCCCCCCGGCAAGUAUGUAUGGAGGAGGUCCAGCUCCAGGAGGGCCUUAUGGGCAACCAUCUACUAAUCCAUAUGGCGCCCCUCAGCCUGGACACUAUGGGGCAGGAGGUCCUGGGGCAGGCGGCGUACCCUCUGGUGUGGACCCAGAAGCCUUCUCCUGGUUCCAGAGUGUGGAUUGUGACCACAGCGGCUACAUCUCCACCAAAGAGCUCCGGCAGGCCCUCGUCAACUCCAACUGGUCUGCCUUCAACGAUGAAACGUGUUUGAUGAUGAUGAACAUGUUUGAUAAAACAAAGUCUGGGCGGAUUGAUCUCUAUGGGUUCUCAGCUCUGUGGCGCUUCAUCCAGCAGUGGCGGAACCUUUUCCAGCAGUAUGACCGCGACCAGUCGGGAUGCAUUAAUUGUAACGAGCUGCACCAAGCACUGUCUCAAAUGGGAUACAACCUGAGCCCCCAGUUUUCCCAGCUGCUGCUGUCGCGGUACUCCCAGAAGGCCACAGGCCCAGGCAUCCAUUUGGACCGCUUCAUCCAGAUCUGCACCUUGCUGCAAAGCAUGACCGAAGCCUUCCGGGAGAAGGACACCGGCAUGACCGGCAAUGCCCGGAUCAACUACGAAGAUUUCCUUACCAUGUCGGCCACGCGCAUGCUGUGAUGCUGUGUGACAUCGUGGGGAUAUCGG